AUGGAUUGCACUCAACAGACCACACACAUCGGGGGCACCGCCGCCAGCCGGUGUCGACUGAAGUUGGUCAACUUCGAGGCUCUCGAGAACCAAACCUCCCAUGAGACCGAGGGUCUCGGCAACAAGCACCUGGUGGUGAGACGAGGGAAACCUUUCAACGUGACUCUGCUGUUUCACAACCGGUCCAUUAACCCUCACACAGAGAGCCUGGUCCUGGAGGUUUGUCUAGGUAAUUUGUCAGAGAGGAUCCCAGUGCAGUUCUCUGACCAGCUCUCCGACCCCCACAGCUGGUCGGCCAAAAUCUACCCAGGCGGCAUGCAUCCUCAGUCGGUCAGCGUCCACGUCUGCUCCCCUGCUGGUUCCUCGGUGGCUCUGUAUCACCUCCUGGUGCACAUCGAGACCAACCAGGGCAGAAGGAGCUACGCAGUCGGAGACUUUGUGCUGCUCUGCAACCCUUGGUUGAAAGAUGAUCCGGUUUACAUGCCGCUGGAUGUCCAAAUACAAGAGUAUAUCAAGAGCGAUUACGGGCUGGUGUACAUGGGCACCUAUCAGAACAUUAUUAGGCGGCCCUGGUCGUUUGGUCAGUAUGAGCCGGGGGUGCUGGAGGCGUGUCUGAAGCUCCUGGAGGUCAGCCCACAGCACCUCUGGGACAAAGACAAAGACUACAUUCGCCGGGCAGACCCCAUCUACCUCAGCAGAGUGAUAUGUGCCAUGGUGAACUGUAAUGAUGAUCUGGGUAUUUUGGAGGGCAAGUGGCAGGGCAGCUACGGAGGUGGGGUCAACCCCACGGAGUGGAGCGGCAGCGCCGACAUCCUGCACCGCUGGGUCUCGUCCAACUGCAGCCCUGUGCGCUACGGACAGUGCUGGGUCUUUGCGGCGGUCCUCUGCACAGUGAUGAGAGUGUUGGGGAUUCCCUCCAGGGUGGUGACAGUUUUCAACUCCGCCCAUGACAGCGAUGGCAACCUGAUAAUUCAAGAAUAUUACUCAAGCACUGGGGAAAAGCUCAACCUGUCAAAAGACAGCAUCUGGAACUUCCAUGUGUGGGUGGAGUGCUGGAUGAGGAGAGCGGACCUCGGUACGGGGUUCGACGGCUGGCAGGUGGUGGACCCGACCCCCCAGGAGAAGAGUGCAGGGGUAUUCUGCUGUGGCCCUUGCCCGGUGGUCGCCAUCCGGCGCCGCUCCAUCCGCACCCCCUACGACGCGUCGUUCGUCUACGCCGCCGUUGACGCCAACGUCGUGCAGCUGAUCCUGCAUGAGGGCCGGGUGGUGGGCAGGACGCUGGACGCGGAGUGGGUGGGGCAGCUGAUUUACACCAAGAGCAUCGACUCAGACUCACCAGAGAAUCUGACUGGGACUUAUAAGAGCAAGAAGAAAGGGACGCAACCAGUCGUCGUUACGGGGAACAGGAUGGCGUCAGCAGUUUCUUCGGCGCGCUACUCUUCUAACCAAGCGGGCUUUCUGGAACCACGCACACAUCUCUCCCCAUCACCUCUGGGUGGAAUGCCACCCGGUUUGGAGGUGUCCCUAAGCAUCGGUGGGCGGCCAUCGGUGGGGGAGAACAUCUCCGUGCGCGUGACAGUCACAAACCAGUCGAGCCGCCCGAGGCUCCUGAUGGAGCACCUCGACGCUCAGCUGAAGGACUUCAACAGCAACCCAGAGCGGAGCUUCUGGAAAGCACAACAAGAAGUGUGCAUACAGCCGGGGGAAGUCUUGACGCUCCACCAGACCAUCCCUCCCUCCGCGUACGAGUCGAUCCUGGCAGGCGACGACAUUGUGAACGUGGCGGUGGUGAUCAAGGACGAGAGGACCAGAGAAAGAGUCCUGGCCGUGCAGGAGUUCAACAUGAGCUCGCCGCAGAUCACCAUAGAGAUUGAAGGAGGAGACGGCAUCCAGAUGAAGAAGGAGCACACAGCCCAGGUGUCCUUCACCAACACUUUAGCCAAAGCUCUGACGGGGGCCGUGCUGACCGUCGAGGGGUCCGGCUUGUUGCUGGGAAAACACCAAGCCAGACUGGUUCACCUGCAGCCAGACCAGAAGAUCGAGAAGACGGUGACCAUCGUGGCCGCUUCGGCAGGCACUAAACUGCUCAUGGCCACUUUCUCACACAGCAGCAGCCCCGGAGUCGUUUCCAGGAGCUUCCGCAAAGUCUCCGUCAUGGCUGCACGAGUCCAUCCUCCCAAAGAGCACCAACAACAGGGACUUGAAUUGCAUUGAUAUGCAAAAAGUACGCUAACCGGUAUUUCAACAAAAUAUGUAUUUUGUUGAAAUACCUGUUUGGUUUCCAUUAUAUUAUUUCACAUAUUAAGUGUAGACUUUAACCUGUCAAAUGUGUGGAUUCCCUCCUUUGCAUUGCUGCAACUCAAUUAUACCACUAGGUGGCAGCAUUGGAGUUUCCACUUGUGUGUGUUUCUUCUCUGAGCAUAUCACUCUCACUGUGGAGCUGUUGAAACGAAGAAGAAAAUAAUUCCUUUUGUAUACAUAAAUGUUUCUGAGGGUUCUCUUUUAAUUUUCUGUUUGUCACUAGCUGGCUCCUGUGAUCGUCUUUUGGAAUAUAUGACGUUUAGUUUCGGGCUCAAUAAAAACAUAAAAGUUAAA